AUGCCUGGUUCCUGUGAGGUUUGCUCUGUAGAGCCCUCAAAAUAUCGCUGUCCAACAUGUGCGCUAAUGAGUUGCUCACUUGCAUGCACCAAAGCGCAUAAGAUAAACUGUGCUCCGAAGGCGAUAUCGAAUGAGCAACCGAGUAUCCCACCGGCAACCGAUAUCGAUCCAUCUCCUGAAAAUGAUCUCGAGAAUCCGGAAACCUCAGAGCCAAAUGGCGCCAAUCUUCCGGUAGCCAAUCCUCCUGCGGUCAGUUCUGCGGCGUUGGCGGCAUCACCGGAGAUGACAGAGCUUCUCAAUCGGUAUCCACAACUGCGCAGUCAACUACAAGAAAUGUACCAGUCAACCCUGGAAGAAGAAUGGGUGGAAACAUAUACAGCGCCCGCACGCGGGCGUGGACGUGGCCGCGGGCGAGGUCGUGGAGGGCUCACUUCUCGCAGCCGCGGCCCGUGGACGUCCGAGAAAGGAUUCAACCGCGGGUUGGGCAGAGUACGAAAGAUGAGACAGGAUUGUGAUGAAGGAACAGAGGCCGGGCCGGCCGCUGAAGCCUUCAUGCAAUUCAUGGCGCUUGUCAAGCAGGGCCAGGACUCAGCCUGA